AUGCUAGCUGCACAUGAACCUUGGUUGUUGGAGCAGUUGCAGCUCGCAUACGACGAGCAGCUGCAAGGAGCGACGAGUCCAAGGGCAGACGUGGCAAGCCGAGUUGGAGCAGGUCGUGAGCAAGAUCAAGCGGCGGACGACCCCACUCCGCAUGAAGAUCCAGAAGUGCAGCAAGCCGUGCAACAAUUGCCACCCGACUCUGGCCCAGACGACUCAAGUCGAGUUGAAAGUACUACGUCGACGCCGGUGGGUGGGCAAAGCGAUCUUUUCGGCAACGCUGAGCUUGUUCGGAGAAACGCGGAGCUCCAGGAAGAACUUUCGCGCCUUCAAACCAAGCUGGACAGCGAACAAACAUGUCGAAGAGAUUUGAAGCGUAAGCGAUUUUGGAACGUGAGCGCUCUUAACUUGGAUCGUAAGCCGAAGACGCUGCGUCCGACGCAGCAGCACCAACUAGCAUGUCAAACACGAGUUCUACAGAUGCAAAUGGAAGCCAAUGGCUUGACGAUUGGCAUGCAGAAGUUGAAGAAGCAGAAAGACGUGGUGGACCGGCUGAAACGUGCGGAGCUGGAGCUUGAUGAUGCCAAACGGGCUUCCGACCAAAUGAAGGAAACUAUAACUCGCCUGGAGCUAGAGAACGAGCGCCUACUGCUGCACAAACGCAUAUUUGUCGGUUCUAGUGUCGCAGAAGGGAUGAUUCGCGGUUUUCGGGAUAUGCAUGCAAUUCACGAGGUGGAUGGGUGCCUCGACGCAAUGCAUGAAAUGCAAAAAUUCAUCAUCAAGAAGGCUAUGAAGGUGUUUGGCGAAUUUUCGCGUGCCUGA